CUCUUAGUUUGAACCUUAGCAAUGCAGAAAGCCACUUAUUAUGACAAUGCUGGACUUUUCGGAGGAUAUUCGUACCCUAAGUCUGACUCCUAUACAUACGGCCCUACACACCAGGGCUUCUCAUCCUCCAGCAUAGAGAACGACUAUCAAAAUCCUAUCUGCCCCAUCCAAACCACGUCAGUCCGGCCACCAGCACAUAAAAAUGGAGACAUCAAUGGCAGUUGUAUGCGACCAAGUGCCAGCCAGAGCAACAGCCAAACAGAGAGUAUCAGUGAGCAGCAGCAGCAGCAGCAGCAGGCUGCUCCUUUAGCAGCCAGCUCACCCAGCCCUAACAGCAACUCCACACAAAAAAAGAAAUCUCCCAGCACCACUGGCUCCAGUACUGCCACCCCAGUCAUCACCAAGCAAAUCUUCCCUUGGAUGAAAGAGUCCCGCCAAAACGCAAAGCAGAAAAGCACCAACUGCCCAGCUGCAGGCGAAACCUGCGACGACAAGAGUCCACCUGGCCCUGCCUCGAAACGAGUGCGCACUGCCUACACCAGCGCCCAGCUAGUUGAACUGGAGAAGGAGUUUCAUUUUAAUCGCUACCUGUGUCGCCCCAGAAGAGUGGAAAUGGCUAAUCUGCUCAACCUCACCGAGCGCCAAAUAAAGAUCUGGUUUCAAAACAGGAGGAUGAAGUACAAAAAAGAUCAGAAAUCUAAAGGCAUAAUGCACUCUCCCUUAGGACACUCUCCGGACAGAAGCCCGCCGUUAAGUGGCUCGAAUCAUAUUGGAUAUUCUGGUCAGCUUCCAAACGUAAACGGCCUAAACUACGAUGCGACAUCUCCUCCGUCAUUCGCCAAACCGCAACAGAACAUGUACGGCUUGGCAGCCUACACGGCGCCACUGGGCGGCUGCAUACCGCAACAGAAAAGAUACCCGGGAACAGAGUACGACCACCACAGCAUGCAGGGGAACGGUAGCUUUGCGAAUGCCAAUUUACAAAGUAGCCCUGUUUACGUCGGGGGAAACUUCGUUGAUUCAAUGCCAGCGUCGGGCCCAAUGUUCAACCUCGGUCAUCUUCCCCAUCCCUCAUCCGCUAGUGUGGACUACAGCUGUGCGGCUCAGAUUCCGGGUAACCACCACCACGGACCGUGUGACCCCCACCCCACAUACACAGACCUCAGCUCUCACCACGCGUCUCAGGGAAGGCUGCAGGAUGCACCCAAACUCACGCAUCUGUAA